AUGGAGGUCCCCAAGAAGCUGGUGAACUCUGUGGCGAGCUGCGCCGAUGACGCGCUGGCGGGGCUGGUGGCCUGCAAUCCCGGCCUCCGGCUCCUGCAGGGACACCGGGUGGUCCUGCGUGCCGACUUGGUGGCCAUCCAGGGCCGGGUGGCCCUGCUCUCCGGGGGGGGCUCUGGCCAUGAGCCCGCCCACGCAGGGUACAUCGGGAAGGGCAUGCUGACCGGCGUGGUGGCCGGCGCCGUCUUCACCUCUCCGGCCGUGGGCAGCAUCCUGGCGGCCAUCCGGGCGGUGACGCAGGCUGGCGCAGCUGGGACCCUCCUGAUCGUGAAGAAUUACACCGGGGACCGGCUCAACUUCGGGCUGGCGCUGGAGCGGGCGCGGGCGGAGGGGGCUGACGUGCACAUGGUGGUGGUAGGGGACGACAGCGCCUUUGCUGCCCCGAAGAAAGCUGGCCGCCGCGGGCUGUGCGGCACGGUCCUCAUACACAAGGUGGCAGGGGCCCUGGCCGAGGCAGGGGCGAGCUUGAACGAGAUCGUCGAGAAGGUGUCGGUGGCUGCCAAAGCCAUGGGUACCCUGGGUCUCAGCCUGUCCCCCUGCAGCGUCCCGGGCUCCAAGCCCACCUUCCAGCUGGCUGACGAUGAGAUGGAGCUGGGCCUGGGGAUCCACGGCGAGGCGGGCGUGCGCAGGAUGAAGGUGAGUGGGGCCCUGCCGUCCCGCCCCCACCCCACUCCCCCCAGCUCUGCCACGGACCCCUCCAAUGCCUCCCGCCUGCUCCUGAGCCCCGGAGCCUCUGUGGUGCUGGUGGUGAACAACCUGGGUGGGCUGUCCUGCCUGGAGCUGGGCAUCGUGGCUGGUGCGGCCGUGCGCCGUCUGGAGAGCCGAGGCGUCCACGUUGCCCGGGCUUUGGUGGGUUCCUUCAUGACGGCACUGGAGAUGGCCGGGGUCUCCCUCACCCUCAUGCUGGUGGAUGAGGAGCUCGUGGGGCUGAUCGAUGCCAAGACCACAGCCAUGGCUUGGCCCAACCUGGCCGCGGCACCUGCCACGAGCAAGAGACAGGAGGUGCCGGCACCGAAGGAGGGACCAGGGACCGCGCAGCAUGAGACCAGCACGGGGCCUGACGCAGUGCGGGUGCAGCGGAUCCUGGAGCGAGUGUGCAGCACCCUGCUUGACAUGCAGGACAAGCUCAACGAGCUGGACCGCUCAGCGGGUGACGGGGACUGCGGCCACACGCACGCCCGGGCUGCCCGAGCCAUCCGGGAGUGGGUGCGUGCCCGGCCGCCACCGGCAGCCCCGGCCCAGCUCCUCUCCGCCUUGGCCGACCUGCUGCUGGAGAAGAUGGGUGGCUCCUCUGGUGCGCUCUACGGGCUGUUCCUGACGGCAGCUGCCCGGCCCCUGCUCAACCGCAACGACCUCCCGACGUGGGCUGACGCCAUGGAUGCCGGCAUCGAAGCCAUGCAGCGGUACGGAGGAGCUGCGCCGGGGGACAGGACCAUGCUGGACUCGCUGUGCGCUGCGGCGCAGGCUCUGCACGCCCUGCGCAGCCCCGGUGCCGACCUGCUGCCGGUGUUGGCUGCCGCCGUGGAGAGCGCGGAGGCCGCGGCGGAGGCCACCAGGCAGAUGGAGGCCGGGGCGGGCAGAGCCAGCUACAUCAGCUCGGCUCAGCUGCUGCAGCCCGACCCCGGGGCAGUGGCGGUGGCGGCCGUGCUGCGGGCAGUGCUGGAGGGGCUGCGGAGCUGA